CAUCCUGUAAUUCUGCAGCCAGUUCAGGCAUGUUCUGAUGAGCUACACCAAAUUCUGCGACACACACUAAAGGAAUUCGCCAUCUGUUCUGGGUCUUGCUCAUCCCUGUCCCGCGGUGUGCAUGUGUGUGCAGAAGUGUGUAUAAGUGUGUAUGUGUGUGUGUGUGUGUGGAGCGCGCGGUUCUUGUACUCGUGACUCGUGAUGGCGCUGCCGCGGCUGCUGCUGCUGUUAGAGCUCGCGCUUCACGCCUGCUGCUUCAUCUGCGGAAUCAUCACCGCCGCCUCUGUCACUCUCUCUCAGGGUGAUUUUUCAGGGAAGUGUUUGCUGUACGGCUCUGUGCGCGUCAACAUUUCAGUAAUUGACGUCAGCUGGUCCAGCGCUCCUUCUCUCUGUUACUUUGUGUCAGGCAUCUCUGUGUGCGUAGCUGUCUACUGCUUCUCCACCACCCUCUACUGGGUAUACACGAGCUGUGUGGAUGGAGAGGUCAAAAGAGAGAGAAUAUGGAUGACUAUCUCGUUACUUGUAAGUGGAGUCUUCCUCUUCUUCCUCCUGGUGACGGGAUGCAUCCUGAAAGUGGGUCGAGACAAACUUUGUGAAUCUGUGGUCAGAGCAGUACCCAGUAUAACCAGGUGUGAUGAGGCCCAGAGCAUGACAUGGAAAAGCCCUUUGAUUGGGUCAAGUUUCUACUCCAAACUCCACAAUGCUGAGACGGCAGUGUGGGUGAAUUUCUUCUGCUGGAUAAUAGUAGUUGUUCUGGUGGUGGUCCAGCGUAGAUGGGGCUCUGAGUACAGCACUCGGGAAGUGGAGCCCGGAGCCAGUCCUUCUGAAACAGAACCCUUCUUCAAACGGCCAGGACACCCCAACUGAACACACACAAGAUGGCACAGGCACUGUGGCAUGCACACAUUGAACACACAAUGAGCCAAUCACAGAUUGAGAUAAACACACACACACACACACAGAUGCAGGCACAGUACUGGUUUUGGCUACCUCGGUCAGUGGUCGUGGUUUUGCUCCCCAGUGGUAUGAGGCUUUGUUGCCAUGGCUACUGACCAGCAAUUGGCAGCAGUAGCUUGGCAGCUAAGAGAGUGAGGUUGCCAGAUUGGUCUUACUGAUUCAUAUUGAUCUAAACGCAAAUUAAAAUGCACAAAUCUGACUGGAUUAAUGAGUACACUUCCUUAUGUAAAUGGAUAACUUUUAUGUGACCUGCUGGCUUCAGUCUCUGAUAAAAGCUUUGGGAUGUGAUAAAAUUCCAGGAGUGUUCUUGUGAGGUAGUAUUAUAGUAUAAGUAAAUGGAAGAUAUAAUGGAACAAAUAAGUGCCUUGAGACUUAGAUUAUAUUAUAAUGGUUUUACAGUGCUGAAACUUGAAAAGUUUAUGGGUAUCCUUUGUGUGUUAAUAACACAUUAGCUCCAUCUGCUGUCAGUUUUUAUCAGUUCUUAUACCGAAAGUCCAGAUGUUCAGCACAAUUGUUAUUUUUCCACUAUAUAGUUAUGCUGUCGCAGAAUGUACCUCUAUGCUAAAGGAGUGUUCCUUGGUUUCAGAUUAACAGGAUGCUGUUAAGGUUAAUGUGAAAAUUUCAUUUUUGUGAAAUUUGCAUAAUUGUGAAAAAGCACACAGUGUGCUGGUGGGGACAUAAACUUAUCCAUGGGGUUAUGAUAAGACUUGCGUGCUGGUUGCCAAAACCAUGUCACUGCCCAUAGCACUAAAUUAAUCAAGUACAAUGGCCUUCCUGCUUUUCCCACACAUAAAAACAAGAUGUUUUAUUGGUUUAUUAACUUAUAAGUUAUAUAGUCCUCCUUGUGAUCGUUAUUUUUUAUCUGUCCAGUUGUAUUCUGUGCCAUUCUGAAUAUGUGAAAAUUUUUUCUUACCUUUUUGAUCCAUGCAAUUUAUUGCAGACCAACAUGUAUGAGAUAUCAUCUGGAUAUUGCCUUAUUAGUUUUCCUUCAUGUAUUUUUUAUUAAAUGAAAACAAAAUGAUUUUUAUCAAACGUAAUUUUUAUGUCUUGAACCUGCUUUACAUAUUUUGUUUAUGUAAGUAGGCCGAUAUAGACAUCUCAGAUAUAAUCACUGAAUAAAAGUAAACCAAA